AUGCCUAGAGAUCCGUUAAUUGGUAUAGUGGGGAAACCAUCUAGUGGUAAAUCCACUAUGUUAAAUUCACUUACCGAUGCUAAUGCAGCAGUUGGUGCAUUUCCGUUUUGUACGAUUGAACCAAAUCAAGCUACUGGUUAUUUACAAGUAGAUUGUGCUUGUUCGAGGUUUGGUAAGCAGGAGUUAUGUAAGCCUAAUUAUGGAUGGUGUCUACAAGGUAAGAGACAUAUUCCGAUUAUGUUGCUUGAUGUUGCUGGGUUAGUUCCUGGAGCUCACUCCGGAAGAGGUUUGGGUAAUAAAUUUCUGGAUGAUCUUAGACAUGCUGAUGCAUUAAUUCAUGUUGUAGAUGUAAGUGGUACUACCGAUUCUGAAGGUAAGAAUACGAGGGGAUACGAUCCAUUAUAUGAUAUUGAAUGGUUACAAGACGAGAUUAGAUUAUGGAUUGAAGGAAAUUUAAAGAGAAGAUGGGGGUCUAUUGUAAGAAAGCAUACCGCUACAAAAUCAAGUAUUGUGGAUACGUUACAAGCACAAUUUGGUGGGUAUGGAUCACAAAUCCCCAUGGUACAGAGGGCGUUGGAUCGGAUUGAUUCAUUGCCACCAUUAGAAGAAUGGACAGAUGAAUGGAUAACAAAAGUAGUUAAAUCCUUUAUGUUGGAGAAAUUUCCAACGGUACUUGCAUUAAAUAAAAUGGAUCAUCCUGAUGCGGAUAAGAAUGUUUCUAAGAUCAUGUUAAAAUAUCCUGAUACGAAAUCAGUCUUAACAAGUGCUAUCACAGAAGUUUUCCUUAGAAAAUUGACGAAACAAGGAUUUGUUCGUUAUGAAGAAGGUACAGAAUUUGUAGAUACAUGUGAAGAUGAUCCCGAGAACCUAAAGCCAUUAGAUGAAAAAGUACUGAACAGAAUUGAGAAUAUAAGAGAUUUAGUGUUGUACAGGUUUGGCUCCACGGGCGUCAUGCAAGUGUUACAAGCUGCCGCGGGGCAAUUAGACUUGAUACCCGUGUACACGGUAAGAAACAUACAGACAUUUGCCGGUGGGAACGGUACCAAUGUGUUCAGGGACUGUUUUCUAGUGAAACGGGGCACACAUGUCGGAAAAGUAGCAAGAUACAUCAUGGGAGGUGAAGUGACCAUCGCGGCCAUUGAGACCGUCGGCGGUGUGAGAGUCAGCGAAGAAAGCACGGUUGAGGAAGGUAAAAACGAUAUCCUGUCUUUCAAACUGGCUCCAAAAUCAACUCUUUAA